GCACAUGUUUUGAAGUCCCAUGUUUUAACUCAUAUAAACAGGAGAGACUUCCCAUGUACUAUAGAGGGCUGUGAAUAUAAGUUUAAAACAAAAGGAUCAUUGAAAAGACAUCUGAGAAGACAUACAGGAGAAAGACCAUAUGAGUGUCCAAAAUGUCAUAGAAGAUUUACUGAGUCUGGAGCAUUGACAAGACAUUGUAAAUCAAGGACAUCAUGUUUAGAGAAGAAUGAUUCAGAUCUACCAAGAUAUGGUGCCUUGUCUCUAGAGGAAUUGCCGAUUCCUGGAGCAGAUAGAAACGGUUAUAAAUGUCCAGCUUGUGAGAGAAUAUUCAGGGGCAGUACUUACCUUAAACAGCAUAUGAGAAGUCAUGCUGGUGUGAAGCCUCAUAAAUGUUCUCUAUGUGAGAAAUGUUUUAUAACUAAAGAUGCUUUAACAAAACAUUCUGCAGUACAUACUGAAGAUAGAAAUUAUAAAUGUGGGGAGUGUGGAAAAUUGUUUAAAAGAAUCUCUCAUAUCAGAGAACAUCUUAAAGUUCACAGUUCAGAUAGACCAUUUUCUUGUGAACAUUGUUUUAAAACAUUUAAAACUAAGAAUUCCAGAAUGGUUCAUCUUAGAACCCACAAUGCAGUCCUGCCAUAUCAAUGUAGAUUUUGUGAUAGAUUCUUCAGAGAAAAGGCUUCCUUACAGAGACACAUUAGAAUGCAUACUGGAGAGAGGCCAUAUAAAUGUGUACAUUGUGGAAGAGGUUUCUCUGAACAAGGCACCUUACAACGACAUCUUAAAGCUAAAGGUAGGGUAAUUCACUUAUUAUCUUUAUUCAUUCCAUGUACAAAAAAUCUGUACUUGACUCGUAAAGCUGAAUUAAUAACAGAACAGUUGGCAGAAGGGAAAAACCAAGAGGAAGAGCCCACUGUAUUAGCUGAGUUUUCUUCGGUGGUGGCUGAUACACAGUAUAUUCUACCUGAUGGUACAGAAGCUUUAGAUAUUUCGGUAAGAUUUCUCUAUGGUUUAUCAGUUUAG